CACUUGGCUGUGCUUGGCUGUGCUUGGUGCUGCCUGGCUCUGCCUGGCGAUUUGUUCCUGUCAGUUAUUGGAAGCUGAGAUUUUCCUUGAAAAGGAAAAGAAGGUUGUGGUCAGAUCGGGUUGUCUUGAUAGCACUGGGCACCUGAGGCGGGGAAUAAGCAGGGGGUUGGGGUUGGGGUGGGAGUGGGCUGAGGUUCCUCCGAAGCCGGCGGCCACCACCAUGAAGAAGACCUUUUCAUUUGGGGGAGACAAGGGCGCGCCGCCCUCCGGCCCCUGCAGCAGCUGGGGCAAGACCAGGGUCGGCCUGGAAGGCCAGGCUGGUGACAGCGCCUUCCUACAGCCAUGCUACCACAUCCGGAAAAAAGAUCUCGGCAAAAUUCACCAGGCUGCCGGCGCUGGUGAUGUAGCGAAAGUGGAGCAGGUCCUUUCUCUGAAGAAGAAGGUCCUGGAUGCCAGAGACAGACAGAAGAGGACUGCUCUCCAUUUGGCCUGUGCCAAUGGCCAUCCAAAAGUGGUUACUAUCCUUGUGGACAGAAAAUGCAAGCUCAAUGUCCCCGACAGUAAAAAAAGGACAGCUCUGAUUAAGGCGGUACAAUGCCAGGAAGAGGAGUGUGCCACCAUCCUGUUGGAACACGGUGCGGAUCCGAAUCACAGUGAUGUCUAUGGCAACACAGCUCUUCACUACGCCGUCUAUCAUGAGAACACAUCGAUCACAGAAAAACUCCUUUCACAUGGCGCAAAUAUAGAAGCAAUAAACAAGGAUCACCUCACUCCACUUUUACUUGCUAUAAGUGGAAAAAAGGAGGAAAUGAUAGAUUUUUUGGUAAAGAAGAAUGCAAAUGUAAAUGCAGUAGAUAAAAUGAAAAGAUCAGCCCUUGUGCUUGCUGCACAUUGUAAGUCACCAAGUACAGUCACUCUUCUUCUUGAGCAAGAUCUUGAUGUUUUCUCUGAAGAUAUCUUUGGAUGGACUGCAAAAGAUUAUCCCACUGCUAGUGGUUUAAAUAUCAUUCACCACCAAACUUCAGAAGAUAAGGAAGAAAAGAUGCCUGACAAUGCUCAAAAUAGCAGUCUAGUGGAUGGAAUUUCUGAAGACCAUACAAUCAGGAUUUCCACCAACAUGGGUAUUGAUGAUUUAUGGCCUAUAUCAGAUGGUGAAGACUUCAGUGUCGAUAUCAAGGAUAGAGCAACAAAGCCAGUAUCUGGACAAAAGGAAAAUGGUAUUGGUAUUAUUGGAAAUACUCCAAGACAGCAAAAAAAUAAUGUCAGUUUCAUAUGUGUGCACACUAAUAACAGAAGUGACAAGAUGUCUGCAUUAGAAUCUGGACAAAAUGAAGAUUCAGAAUCAUCUCAGGAUUUGGAGAGUAUCUCCAUGAAUCUUCUACAGAAGUAUGGUGGUGAUUCAUGUGGGUCUGAAGUUCACAAACAAAAAAAUACAGCCAAUAGACAAGUAGAAGCAGCAGAAGAUCCAGAAGUGACAUCAGAGGAUGAGCAAGAAAGGCAUGAAGGAAGUGAAAAUAACCAGCCACAGGUUGAAGAAAGGAAGAAGCACAAAAGCCAGAGAAUGGCAGUAUCAGAAAACCUGUAUGAUGGUGCUGCUGAUGACAGUGACAAUGAUACAUUACUUCAAGAAGGAAAGAGUGGAAACACUGACAGUGGGCAGUUUCCCAGGAUGGACAAUGAAGUGUGUGAUAGGCCUGCAAAAAUAACAUCUAAUGAAAAGAACAAGGUCAAAGAACAAAUACAUUCUAUGGGUGACUAUGAUGACUUAACUUGGUCAUCUGAUUCUACCCCAGAGGAUUAUUCUGCUAGCUUCUUGAGAAUGCAAGAUGCAGUUCUUUCAUGUGCUAGAGAAGUAGAACUUAAAAACGAUCACUGUGAAAGACUUACAGUAAAAGUUAAAAAGAUGGAAAACAUGAUUAGAGUCCUACAAGAGGAGAUCUGUGAAACAAAAGAAAUAAAAUCACAGUUAGAGCAUCAAAAAGUUGUAUGGGAGCAUGAACUGUGUAGUUUGAGAUUUAACUUAAAAGAAGAAGAGGAGAGAAGAAAUGCUGACAUGUUAUCUGAAAACACUCGGGAAGAAUUAAGAAGAAAAGCAGAGGAAUAUAGGAAAGAAGUUGAAGUGAGAGAACAACUUGAACAGUUUCUGAAAACACGAAACACAGAAAUGGGUAUAUUAAGAAAUGAUUUGUAUGAGAUGUCUCAGAGUUAUGAAAAAGAACAAGAUCUGUUGCAUCAGAAUUGCAUGUUGCAGGAACAAACUGCCAUGCCAAGAAUGGAAAGAGACAGAACACAAAUGCAGAACCAGGAAAAGGAAGAGAAAUAUUUCAAGGCUAUUAAAAUUAUACAAGAAUUGUACAAGAAUGAGAACCUUGAAAUGACCAUACAACAGACUGGGGAAACAAUAGCAAACACAAUACCUCAGUAUGUUGGACAGCUUGCCCUUCUGGUAUCUGAAAACGCAAUCCUAAAUGCUCAACUGGAGAAUGAAAGACAAAACAAGGAAAGACUGCAAACAGAACUGGAAUCAUACCGUUCUCGACUGACCACUACUGUACAUGACCUUGAUCAAACUAAGGCAUCCAGAAGACACCUAGAAUUUGCUCUGGAAAGAUCAAGAAAUGAAUCAGUUUAUUUAAAGGACAAAAUUAACUUUUAUGUAUCUUAUCUAAAAGAAAACAAGGAGAUUCUUUCUCAAAACCUUUCUAAAGCUGAAAAUAAAAUCAAUAGCCUAGAAAAUGAACUCCGUCACACAAGAGAUGUUCUUGCAGAAAAUACUUCGGUUUUAGAAUGUAUACCAAGAGACCUAGAGCAGACAGAGUGUGGAAGCAAGGAAAUGGAACAAAGGUGUGGAAAUGAAGACGGUCAAGUGAAGAAAUCCCUUGCAAAGCAGGAAUCUCUAGAGGAGAGAGUAUCUCCACCAGAAAGUGAAAACAUAUUGCUUGGCCAGCAACUGGAAGGUGCUGAAAACAAAGCUAACCAUAAGGACAAGGCAGUAAUUAACAUGCAAGGUCAAUUUUAUGAUCUUGCAAAAAACCUUCAAACUGAGAGUGGAAACCAAAAUCUUCCAGUAGAAGACAGAUUAAACUCCUUAAUCAAUGAAUUUAAUGAAUUAAAUGAAAGACUGUAUCGACAUGAAAAAGGGAAAGCAGAAGAAGUAAGUAUCAAGAAAGAUACAUAUUUUCAAAAUUCUAGAAAGAAAAUUUAA